AUGAAGCUUAUGCGAAACCCUAGAUUCACGUCUCUUCUCAAAUGGGUAUCACAGCUCUCUGUAGAGACCCCCUUGAAACCCCCAAUUUCGGCAAUUCAAAACUCUAGAUCUUUCGCCACCCAGAGACCCGCCCAAGCCUCAGGCGAGAAGAAGACCCGUAAUGGGAUUCGAAUCACUCCCUCUAUUCGGAAAAUGGCCGAGGAGGCGAUGCUCGACUACUUCUACUCCACACGGAGUUUGCAGUAUAUGGUUGCCGAGAGUAUGAGCAAGAACAGCCCAAUUUUUAUUGAUAACCUACUGAAGAAGGUGAACUGCGUUGCUGCUUCUGAUAUCAGCCAAUCCAUCACCAGGCAUCUCCGGUUUCACCCCGUCAAUGAGUUUGAGCCUUUCCUCGAGAGCUCAGGUCUCAACCCCACUGAGUACACUCAUCUGGUUCCCUCUGACGAGCUCUUCUUAAACGAACUGUUGCUUGAGAACCACCAUGUUCUGUGUUACUGUGGAGUCGACCCCAGGAGGAUUGGGAAGGUUUUCGAGGAAGCUAGGGAAGUUUUCGGGUACCAAACCGGUGUUUUAGCUUCCAAGAUCAAGGCGUAUGAGGUUUUGGGUUUUAGCAGGUUGUUUCUAUCGAAGCUUAUCGCUUGUUCCCCGAGUAUCUUGCUUGGGGGAACGAAUGUUGAGCUGGCUAAAGUCAUGGAGUUGCUGAAAAGCAUCGGGCUUGACUCCGACUGGGUGAUGAAGAACCUCUCAGAGGAGGCUUCUUAUGAUUGGAGCUCUGUGCAUUGGUGCUUAACCUUGCUUAGAGACAUCUGUCUCGAUGAGGAUGAGCUGUGUGGGUUGAUCAGGAAGCAUCCAAGACUGCUUUUUGAGAACUCGGGGAAAUGGACAAUGGUUCUAGCUGGAUUCGAAACGAAGCUCGGAUCGUCUACAAGUGAGCUCUGCUCGUUUUUUCAGAAACUCCCUCAGAUGCAAGCAGAGAAGUGUGUUUCGAAUCUAAGGAGUUGCUUCCUGUUCCUGAGAGAGAUCGAGAUGGAGGAUGAUGAAAUCCACAAGGUUUUCCGUUCUCACUCAUGGUGGAUUGGUUCGUGUAGGCUGAAGAAAACAAGUAGCUUGCUCGUUAACCUGAAGGCUUAUAAAAGCCGGAUUUGUCGGGUCAUACAAGAGAACCCAGAGGAGAUGAAGAAGUGGAAGAUGGGGUCAAAAGUCCAGCCGUUACCAGCUACCGAAAUAUACGUAGAUUCGAAAGCAAUGAAGACUCGGUUUUUGUUGGAACUUGGAUACAAGGAAAGCUCAGAGGAGAUGGAGAGAGCGUUCAAGAGUUUCCGUGGCAGAGGAUCUGAACUACGAGAGAGGUUCAAUGUCCUUGUGAGUUUUGGUUUGAAUGAGAAAGAUGUCAAGGAUAUGGUGAAGGCAUCUCCUGAUAUCCUCACUCAGGCAAGUGAUGUACUGGAAACGAAGGUCAACUACCUCGUCAACGAACUAGGUUAUCCGCUUUCGACUUUGGUGGCAUUCCCUUCGUGUUUGAAGUUCACUCUUCAGCGGAUGAAGCUCAGGUUUGGGAUGUUUUUUUGGCUUCAAGCAAGAGGCAAAGCAGAUCCCAAGCUUGCGAUUAGUACUCUGCUCGCGUGCUCCGACAAAGACUUUGCCAAAUAUUUUGUAAACCGCCACCCCGAUGGGCCUAAGCAUCUGGAGGAUUUGAAGAAGCAAGCUUCUUUGAGAUAA